CUCAGGAGAAGUUACUCAGUGUUAAUAUUUCACAAAAAGGAAGAAGAAGGUCCUUGGCUGAAUCGGUGCUCGGUCUUGUAAACCACCACACUUUCAGUUCUCAUUUCAGCUGAGAAUUUGUUUGCUGCUUUGUGAGCAACUUGCAUAUUUAAAUACAAAACAGAGAGGAAGACACCAUGGAGGUGCUGGUGCUGCACGACUUUGAGGGCACCAUGGGAGACGAGCUGACAGUGAAGAUGGGAGAUGUGGUUCAAAACGUCACCAAGUCCAGUGAGGAAGGAUGGCUGAUAGGGGAUCUGAAAGGCAAGAGAGGAAUGAUCCCCGCCAGCUUUUGCAAGGAGGUGCCAGUCUGUUUGAUGGGUGGCAGCAACAGGGAACCACGAAGCAUUCGCAAAGUGAAGAAGAAGCAAGUGAGGCAAUGUGAGGUUGCGUUUGCCUACAGUCCCAUAAAUGAAGAUGAGCUGGAGCUGAUUGUUGGGGAAACUAUAGAGCUUAUCAAAGAGAUUGAAGACGGAUGGUGGAUGGGAUUAAAAAAUGGCAAAAUAGGAGCAUUUCCCUCAAAUUUUGUGAAAGAAAUCUUUGUUUGCCCAAAAGAUGUCAAACACCAUGAGGGUAAAUUACGACCCAAAAUUACAGAUGCAACAUUCAGCAAAGCGAUAACUCAAAGAGCAAGUGUGCGUAACAAAGCAAAAAAUGAGAUGGAAUACUGCCAAGUCAUGUUUGACUAUAAGGCCCAAGCAGAAGAUGAGUUGGAUCUGAAAAAAGGAGAUAUUAUAAAGUUAGUCCGCAAGGAAACAGAAGAUGAAGGCUGGUGGGAGGGAGAGCUAAAUGGACGCUGUGGGUGUUUUCCUGAUAACUUUGUCAUGGUGAUACCACAAAUGGACAGCCUCAAAUCUGGGAAUGCAAGUAAGCCGCCUGCACGUACCAUCGCUGACAAACCCCCAGUAAAAACAGAAGUGCCAGUAAUGGAGAAAGGAGGUACAACAACGACAAAAGUAAAAACAGAAGUGCCAGUAAUGGAGAAAGGAGGCACAAAAACGACAAAAGUAAAAACAGAAGUGCCAGCAAUGGACAAAGGAGGCACAACAACAGCAAAAGAUGACAAAACACCACCUAAGGAUUUAAGAAGUAACCCACCAACCAAAGUCAAGUUGCCACCCAUUCAGAAGCCCAGCCCACCUCCGAUCAAAGAUAAACCAAUCAAAUUUUUACCCAUAACCAAUGGGGAUUUACUUCCUGUCUCAUCAAAACAGCAAGAGGAGAAAGGAUCGGACCAAUUUGAUGGUGUGCAAGUGCAAACCGAUAAACUCAGCCACCCUACAGCAAACAGAGCCAAACCACCACACAGGAGGCCACCGUCAGGCCUGGCCACAGGAGGACAAGAUCAGACUGGAGCUGAGUUGACAGAACCAGAAUCACCCCCCAAGAAAUCCCAGACAGAGAAAGUACCUGCCUUACAAAUGAUUACAGAAAAUCCCACACCAUCACCUGAAAAGCAUGAACAUACACCCAAGACACCGCCUCCUGUUCAGCCAGCACCCCUUAAAACAGUGGUUGGUGGAAAGCCUGUGGUGCAUAAAGAAGAACCUUCUCUGGAAAGCCUCCAGGCUGAGAUCAAAGAGCUGAGGAUGGCCCUGGAACUGCUGCAGACACGCCACGAGCGAGACAUGCAGGAAAUGAAAGAAGAACUGACAGAGGAGAAAAGCAAAAGAUUGGCACUUCAGGAGGAAGUACGUGGUUUAAGAAUGAAACAUUAACCUCAGCAAACACUGUGACAGUCCUGGACUGCAAAAUUUACCAAGAUUAAUAUUUUUUUUAAGUGGAAAGUGAGAUGACAAGAGAGUAGCUGGGCAUCAGACUCAUUCUGAGUGGACAAGAUGGAUCCUCCAAAAGACAAUAUAUGUAUUGUUUAAGAUUUUAUACAGUUAAAUGCUGGAAAUCAUCACACUUGACCAAAGUGGGUUACAUUUGGUAGCAAUGUAAAUGUUUUAAAUAUAUACAUUUUAGCAAAUAUCAAGAUGCUUUUUAUUCCUUUUGUUAUAGAUAAUUUUUCUUUUUAAAUAGAAUUUACCUUUUUCAGAUUUAAGGGCUGAACAUAACAUAUUAUAUGCUGCUGUACAUAGAAGGAAAUAUUGUGAUGUCUACUGCAAA